UGCAAGGGCCGUGCUAGGCGCAGCGCCCGGGCAGGGAGGCGGCGGCAGGAGGAGCCUGUAGUGAUGCGCACCCAGCGGCCGCUCCUCUGACACGCUCUCCUUGGCACCCAACUUGGGAGGGGAGCUGCCCAGCCUGGCACCGGCGGGAUCCAGCGGCAGGGGCGGGACCCUUCCCCGGGCUCGCCUCUCUCGCCUUGCCGAGACCCGCGUCCCCCAAGCGCGUCGGGAGGAGGCGAUCCCGGGCCGGGGAAGUGCCGGGGAGCUGGGGGGCUCGGGGCGAAGCAGGCAGCCGAGGAGAAGGAGCCUGGGAUCCAGCCCCGAGGGGACGGGCACAGAAGCUGAGCCGGGGAGCGAUGCCUUCAGCUCGGAGCCGGGCCGUCUCCGCGCCCGGGGUGCUGCUACUGGCUCUGAUGCUGCACUGCAACUUCGGGUGCUGCGGAGCAGGAAUUGAGUACGGUGAUGUGCUUCCAGAUUCCUUCCCGUCAGCCCCUGCAGAGACCCUCCCCCAUUUCCUACUGGAGCCACAAGAUGCAUAUAUUGUAAAGAACAAACCUGUGGAGCUGAUCUGCAGAGCCAACCCAGCCACUCAGAUUUACUUCAAGUGCAAUGGCGAGUGGGUCAAUCAGAAUGACCAUCUCACUAAGGAGAGCCUGGAUGAGGUGACUGGGAUGCUGGUGCGGGAAGUCCAGAUCGAGGUAUCGCGACAUCAGGUGGAGGAGCUCUUUGGUUUAGAAGAUUACUGGUGUCAGUGUGUGGCAUGGAGCUCUGCUGGGACCACGAAAAGCCGAAGGGCCUACGUCCGGAUAGCAUACCUGAGGAAGAACUUUGACCAGGAGCCUCUAGGGAAAGAGGUUCCACUGGAACAUGAGGUGUUACUGCAGUGCCGCCCCCCGGAGGGGGUCCCAACAGCAGAGGUGGAGUGGCUGAGGAACGAGGAUGUUAUUGACACCACCCGAGACACCAACUUCCUGAUAACCAUAGAUCAUAACCUCAUAAUCAAGCAGGCCAGACUUUCAGACACCGCCAACUAUACCUGCGUGGCCAAGAACAUUGUGGCUAAGCGCCGGAGCACCACAGCCACUGUCAUCGUUUAUGUGAAUGGUGGCUGGUCCACCUGGUCAGAAUGGUCUCAAUGCAACAACCGCUGUGGCCGUGGCUGGCAGAAGCGCACUCGGACCUGCACCAACCCAGCACCUCUCAAUGGUGGUUCUUUCUGUGAGGGUCAACCCUUCCAGAAAAUGGCCUGUACCACAAUGUGCCCAGUAGAUGGAGCCUGGACAGAGUGGAGCAAGUGGUCAGCCUGCAGCACGGAGUGCACCCACUGGAGGAGCCGGGAAUGCACUGCCCCAUCCCCAAAAAACGGAGGCAAGGACUGCAGUGGAGUGUUGCUGGACUCCAAAAACUGCACCGAUGGACUGUGCAUGCAAAAUAAAAGAGUUCUAACCGAACCCAAAAGUCACUUGUUGGAAACCACGGGGGAUGUGGCCCUGUACGCCGGCCUCGUUGUGGCCAUCUUUGUUUUCAUCGUCAUCCUGAUGGCCAUUGGAGUGGUUGUGUACCGGCGCAGCUGCCGGGAUUUCGACACUGACAUCACAGACUCCUCAGCUGCUCUGACUGGAGGCUUUCACCCAGUCAACUUCAAGACCUCCAGGCACGACCAUCCCCAGUUGUUGCACCCUUCCAUGCAGCCUGACCUCACAGCCAAUGCCGGCGUAUAUCGUGGUCCGAUGUAUGCCCUGCAGGACUCCUCUGACAAGAUCCCAAUGACCAACUCCCCCCUGCUUGACCCACUCCCAAACCUAAAGAUCAAAGUGUUCAACUCCUCCACAGCAUCCUCCUCCCCCAGGCUGAAUGACGGGGCAGACCUGCUUGGGGCAGUGCCCACGGGCACCUACCCAGGGGACAUUGCCAGGGACAAUCACUUUAUGAACAUAAGGAACAAGGCCAUGGGCUCUCAGCAUCUCCUCACCCUGCCCCGGGAGCAUGGGAACAGUGCCACUGGCACAUUUGGCUGCUUGGGAGGAAGGCUCACUAUCCCGGAUACAGGAGUGAGUCUGCUGGUGCCUCAUGGAGCAAUCCCACAGGGGAAGUUCUACGAAAUGUACCUGAUCAUCAACAAGGCAGAAAACACACUCUUACCUUCAGAAGGCACGCAGACAGUAUUGAGUCCCAUGGUGACCUGUGGACCCACUGGGUUGCUCUUGUGUCGUCCAGUCAUUCUCACCAUCCCCCAUUGUGCGGACAUCCACUCCUCAGACUGGAUUUUCCAGCUGAAAACACAAUCCCACCAAGGAAACUGGGAGGAAGUUGUGACCCUGGAUGAGGAGACCAUGAACACUCCCUGCUACUGCCAGCUUGAGCCUAAGUCUUGCCAUGUUUUACUAGACCAGCUUGGCACCUAUGUUUUUGUGGGAGAGUCCUACUCCAGGUCAGCCAUCAAGAGACUCCAGCUGGCUAUCUUUGCACCUACCGUAUGCACCUCAUUAGAAUACAGCCUCAAAGUGUACUGCCUGGAGGACACACCAGAUGCACUGAAGGAAGUGCUCGAACUGGAAAAGACUCUGGGUGGCUCCCUGAUAGAGGAACCCAAGCCACUACUCUUUAAAGACAGUUAUCACAACCUACGCCUCUCCAUCCAUGAUAUCCCCCACUCGCUGUGGAAGAGCAAGCUGCUGGCUAAAUACCAGGAAAUCCCCUUUUAUCACAUCUGGAGUGGCAGCCAGAGGGCCCUGCACUGCACCUUCACCCUGGAGAGAUACAGCCUGGCUUCCACAGAGCUCACCUGCAAGAUCUGCGUCCGGCAGGUGGAAGGGGAAGGGCAGAUAUUCCAGCUGCAUGCUACACUCGGAGAGAAUGCCAGCUCCUUUGAUGCCUUCUGCUCACACCAUGGCAGUGCUGUGACUACCCAGCUGGGACCCUAUGCCUUCAAGAUCCCGCUAUCCAUCCGGCAGAAAAUCUGCAACAGCCUUGAUGCCCCCAAUUCAAGAGGAAAUGACUGGAGACUUCUUGCUCAGAAACUUUCCAUGGAUCGGUAUCUGAACUACUUUGCCACCAAAGCCAGCCCAACUGGGGUGAUCCUGGACUUAUGGGAAGCCCAGCACCAAGAUGAUGGUGAUCUCAAUACCCUGGCUAGUGCCUUGGAAGAGAUGGGCAAGAGCGAGAUGCUGGUUGUCAUGGCAACAGAAGGGGACUGCUGAUGUUACUUUCAAGUAGCUGAUAGUCUUCAGGCAAUGGAUGAGAGAGACAGAGUGGAGGGGGGAGAGAAGGAGGAGGAAGAAAAUAGGGAACAGCCUUUCCUGAACUGGUGGGGAAGGGUUGUGGGAACGGGGCCAGUUUCUACUUUGUGUCUGGUGGGUUUCUGAUCUGUAGCUAACAAUAAGGGGUGAAGGCAAACUCCUUCUCCCACUCCUCCCUCACCAAGUCACUAUCCGCCUUAGAGAUCCAACCACACUGUUUACAAGCAAUCCAAGUGUUAAACAGGCUCUCCUCCUCCUGGCCAUUCUCUGGAGUGCAGCGCAAGAGCAGUGCAUCUUUGGUGACCAUGAUGACAGUCAUUGGUGGAAGUGAGCAGCUGCUUCCGCCAUAGCAUGCAGGAAUAUAGGGCUUCUAGAGUCAGGGUUGAGGUUUAUUUUUGUUUCAUUUUGGAGGGCUUUCUUCUCCCUCUCCACCUUUGUUGUUCUUCUUUAAUGGCAUUUAUGCUUAGAAGACUUGAGUACAAUCUAGCCAAACUGCUUACUUCUGUCAAAUGCUUCAGACAGCUUAUUAAGGGGAAAAAAAGGAAAAAAACCAGUUUCUUAGGAAACGCAAAUAAUUUAUUAUCCAGAUCUUUGGAUGAGUCCUUUUUAAAAAAACAAAAACAUUAAGUCUUUUGUGUGUGAGCAAGAGCAUCAGUCUGCGUUACAUGAGAAUGUGAGAGAGAGAGAGAGAGAGAGAUUUAAAGUAAGACACUUGCGAGAAUUAGUAAUGAAAACACACACACAAAAAGUCAAGAACACUUGUUUCCAUAUCUCUGGACCUUUGCUGAAGUCAGAUUGGUUAAGUGCCUAGAGAUCCACGUGGCAGAGAAAGGACAAGCUGAGCCCUCUCCCUUAUGGCUGUAGCACAAUGCAAAGAGGCCACUUAAGCAACCAGCUAACAGAAGAACAAACCCCAUUUCUGGUAACAAGGUUAAAGGGACAUUGUUGCUCUUUUCAUGGUUUUCUUCAAAUGGCAACUAAAGUCCUCAGCAUUGUUACAGAAGCUGAAACCUCUCACAACCUUCUCCCCCCUCUUUUCAGGGAUCAUUCCCUCCCAAUCCCAUCUCAUCUCUGUUUGAAUCAGAGAGAAGAAUGUGGCUUCAGAGCAUUAGCUUCUUUUUGUGUGCACCAGUGCCGUCAUUUCAAUGGAAUGAUAAUGAACAAAGGACACUUUUUCAGCUGCAUAUCAGGGAAAAAUGUAUUCAUUGUUGGAGUGUGGAAGUCUCUCCCAGAAGACACAGUAGACACCCUCAAAUGUGAGAUGAUUAAAACUAAAGAUGAGCAUUACUGGUAAUGGGCCUUUUCCUAGUUCCUAUGCAAUCAGUACAGCUCUGGGAGUUUCCUUUGUUAGAAAACUCACUAAACGCCCAGCACAGCCAUCAAGGGAAGGACAAGAGGCUACAGUAGCGGUUGGUUUGUUUGGUUUUUCUUCUCUUAUGUGGGUUAUUUAGGAGGGAAGGUUAGUGCUUUCACACAGUGGUGAAUUCAUUAAAAGCUAGUUAGCAUCUAUAGGACAGCCUCCAUCAGAUUAUUACAAUUCUCAGGUGGGUCAGAUUUUGGAGCCCAAAGUAUUUAAGAUCUGUAUUUUAGGGGGAAAUUCUUUUAGGACAUUUGGGAAAGAAAGAGACUUGUUAAGGUAAAUAGACCUUCAUAUCAACAAUGUAAAUACACACACUCGCUGAUACAGUUGUGGACUAACACACAGCAACAUGCCACCAUCCAUAAGCCAAGACUGUAAAAAAUGGGAGCCUACAGUUAGGCUCCUAAAUCUAUAUUUUGGCACUUUAAACAAGUGGUUCCUGCUGGGAGGAGUGUUGAGUGAGAAGGGGUUAUUUUUACAAAGCAAGGUCCAGUGGCCUGGGAUAUCGAGGUUAGUUUGAAGACCACAUCAUUUUAAAGUCCUCAUAAUCAAAUCCAUCUUUUGAUACAAUGUUUUGCAAAAUCUUACUUUGAUAAAUUAAUUGAAAUAUGCUUGUCCUGAACACUGGCCGAGAGACCAUAAACAGUAGUGCAGCAAGUGAGAGAGGAGUUUGGCAUGGUUGUGCAGUGGUCAGUGAUCUGUAAGAGAGAGCAUACAGCACGUUAAUGAAAUUCAUAGGUGAUACAAAACUAGAAUGUGUUGCAAAUACCAGUGAAGAAAGAGAACUAAUACAAAGGGGACCCAGUGAGAUUGGAAACACUGUCUGAAGAUAGCAGUAUGAGAUUAAAAUUGGAAAAUGCAGCUGUUUUAUCUGCAGAAAAAGAUCAUCUGAAACACAAACUCAUUGGGAAAGAGAAACCUGGCAGGCACUAAUGCUAAAUGAAAUUGUGAGGUGGGGGAAAAAAGAAAACACUGCAACUUAGACAUUUGCAGAACUGUGUGGCAGCAAAAAUUAUCAAUGCAACACAACGGCAUAUGCAGUCAGCAUUGAGUCAUGAGGUCGUAGUGCUACCGCUAUGGCAUACUGCAUGCAGUCUUCAGUGCAACAGUACCAGAAAUACCUUGAUCCAACUGUAAGGAGAUAGGAGAAGGGCAAUAAAAAUGAUUAGGCGUUUGAUGGAGGGACUGACUGAGAAAAGAUUGAGAACUAAGAACCGACCCCUUGGGACUUGUCUACACUUAAUAAAAUGAAUUUGGAUUAAACCAGGGUGUGAAUUUAAAGUGCAGUAACUAUACCUGAAUAACUCCAUGUGUAGACAAGCUGGUGUAAAUUGUCUCCCUUGGAGCUACAUCAGUUGAAGAUCUGGCCCAUAAUAUGUCAAACUUGACUAAAGGGUGUAUAAAUCUACACAUAUUUGAGGGGUGUAAUCGCCAGAGAGGGGAAGAUGAACUAUUUAGGGUGGCACAAGCAGAUAUAAGUAGGAGUAAUGGAGAAAUUGAGAAAAGGUGAGGCAUGGAGCUCAGUGGUUCUCUCUCUUUGAACUUAGCAGUUCCUUUCUUUCCUAAAUUAAAAGUGCUCUGAUGAAGUGAUGGUUGGUUGCAUAACAAAGCUGAUUUUAGUUAAGAGGUAUCCAUGAACGCAACAUAAGUUUCAUCUCCAGGAUGUGGUAUUUUAAUGAAGGAAAAAUAUUCUGAAGGGUACUUUGAAUAGCCACAAAUGGAAAUAUUUUACUCUGGUUGCUGCCUCUUAAAAGUUUGUCCUCCAGGAUAAACAUGUCAUGACACAAACAACACAGCAUUAUAUUGUGGUGCUACUGCAUCUGCUCUGAAACGCCCAAUGCACUCACCACAAGGUCUUUGUGGCCAGUAAUUUAAAACUGCCGAAUACAGUGAGCUUCCCAUCAUGCAUUUCCCCAUUCUGCUCCCUCCAGUCCACCAUCUGUGGUAUAGUUACAUAGCUAAAGAAAAAGUAAACACAAACUCAGGGAGCCAGUGCAUAACAAAAGAAGACAUUGCUCUUAUGAGGUAGUUUGGUAUUUCGUCAGGAUCUAAACUUCCAGUUGUUUAAUUCCUUGGCACACGAGUACUUGGAAGCCUGUUUCCAUCUCUAAUGCUUCCAAAUUGACAGCAGACAGUAGGAAAAGGGACCCACAGGGGAGAACACUGGCAAUACUUGUUCAUCUACUUAAAUACCCACAUUGGGAAUGGAUGGAUUCAUUGUACAGAGGUACCAUACAGUGGCAGAACAAAUCAGCUCCAGUCAGUCUUGAAACUCGAUUGAAAAGGACAGUCUCAGAGCUUGGAGCCUUGCCUACAUGUAGGAGCGGCUGUACCUUCUUGCCUGAUUAGUCAGAUGGAAGCAAUUCUGGGUUUUUCGUUUUUAAAUACUGGGACCAUUUUUAUGGUGAAAACACAAUCUGUUUUCUUCAGAAGUCCUUGUAUAAAGAGUUUCUUUGCCAGCACUUCAGCCAUUUUCUCCUAGGUGUACACUUGUGCUGUGAAUUUCAGUGUCAUUAGUGUAAUUUGCAAACAGAAACAUCUUUUGUUUCACACUCAAAAUGUGCAUUAAAUAAGUAUAUUAAAUUUCACUUUCCCCUUUUUUAAUUGCAAAAAGACGCUAAAACCUGGAAACCUGUAUAUAUCUGUAGGUAAUAUACAGAUCUGGAUAUGUAUCCAAAGUUUUGGAUGUAUAUCUUAGAUGAUUUAAAAGUUUCAUUAAGACUCAGAACUGACUACUUGGAUAGAUCAAAUGCUCCAAUGUAGCUGAAAAUAUUUUUAUGUGGCUGUUUUUUGAAAAACAAACAAAACCUCUUAAAGCAAACAGUGUGACUGCACAGUAUUCAGGAAGUUUGACAAACCUAACCUCCUAUCACAAUCCCAUUUCCCAAUGCUGGGGACUGCGUUGGGAGGAGAGCUCCAAGCUUAUCUGACAUUUCUUUGUGUUAUUACAUCAACAGGAUUUUCAAUGUGUUGUGUAGACUUGGCUAGAAACUGAGGGACUGAUCCAGUUCCCCUUAAAGUCAGUGAAUAGACUCCUGUUGAUUUUGGUGGGAGUUGAAUAUGGUUGUAAUAUAGAGAGAGUUCUACCAGUCUGUGUGACUCCAUUUCAUAAUCUGAUUUGUUGAAAUUUUGCUUGUAAUCUGAACAAAAUAAGCAAAUAUGGGAAGUAAUGUAGGAAGUGAUAAAGCACUCAGCUAAUACACAGACAUUUUAACAUUUUCAAAGCUACCGUAAAUAACCUGUCAUUGUUUAUUUUCUUAGAAAUUCAGUGGUAUCCAUGAAAUUUAUCCUAAAUGCUCUGCUCUUGGAAGACAGGUGUAGAUUGUCAGUGUGUCUGACCCUCUCUCUCUCUCUCUCUCUCUCUCAUUAAAGGAUCACAGUGUGUUUGUCUCACUCUCAGAUCAGUGUGUGGGUGAGAUCAGGAGAUCAAUGUGUGUUUGUGUCCCCUUCUCUCUGAAUACAGAACCAGAAUGUCUGUGUAUGUGCUUUUCUUUCUCUCAGAUCACUGUGUGUAUGUGUGUGUGUGCAUGCGUUUCUUAGUCUUUCUGAUCUAGGGAGGUGUGUGUGUGUGUGUGUGGGAAGGGAAGGGAAGGUAUUUGCUUCUCUCCAAUGUGCGUGUGUUGUGGCCCCUUCUCUGACUCCGUCUCGCUUGGAUCAUGGGAUUAUAGUGUAUGUGGCACUCGGAUCACUGGGUCAGAGUGUCCAAGUACUGUACAUGCUGCCUUCUCCUUUGGUCAUAUGUGUGUGUAUCUCUGUCCCUUGGAGAUGCACUACGUUAUGAUCACACAAAGCAGGACAGCAGCUUUGUGGUACUGGGCAGGCAUUUCAUAGUCUCAUUGAAAAAAAUCAGCUGUUUCUCUUGUUGAGAGCGUCCAUUCUCUUGCUCUGCAUUCUGUUUGCAUAUUUAUAUGUCCAGGGGAUGAGUUUCACAGCAUCCUCUAAACACAAAUCUGUUUAUUCUGUAAACUAAGAACUGUAAAUAAAGUUUAGCAUUCCUAUUGUAACAAAGUAAUUUUUAUGCAAUAAAUUA